UAACCUAACGUUUGCUGCUCUUUUAUUUCGACUUACGUGGCCUACUAUUGUCCUUCCUUCCUUCCUUCCUUUAGGCUACAGGCUAAAGUAUUGUACUCGCACCAGACGCUGGAGCCUAUUAUCCAAUUAGCGGCGUUAGAGAAAGGCUCGUCCUUGACACGGCUGUUUCCCAAUUAGCGAGGAGCACGUGCAUUUACUCGCUUACUUAGUGCCGCGCUAACGGGUCAUCCCUGCCCUCCCAGCACGAGACGACACUCUGUCCGUCCCAAAACAUAUUUAAAAAACAAAAACAACAACAACAAACCCAACAACCCCCGUUUGUAUGAAAGCAAAAACCGAGAAGCGCGAGAGAGGAAUAUGCAGGCGUUGGUGAACGCCUUCCUGCGCUGCCUCUCCUUCCUCUUGCCUCCCUCUUGGCUUUGUGUCGGCUUCUGCUUGUGGGCUGGGAAUGAGCGCGAGGAGACGCUGCAGCCGCGGCCCAAUCCCCGAGCGCGUUUCAAAAGCAGAAAGCCUCUCGCGUAUGAGGAAGUGGCAGCACUAGCAGCGCCAGAAGCCCGAGGAGGCUCCAGUCCGUCGGUCUCGCCCGCUCCGCCAGGCUGCGUCUCGCCGGCUGCCACGAGCCCCGCUGCUCCUCAGGGCCCUCCGUCGGGUCGGAUCUGGAUCGGGGGCCUCUGGCGAGCCGUGGAGCGUGUCCUCGGAGCCCCCUGGGUCCUGGUCCGCCAUCGCUGGUGCCCGAAGACGAAGCGUCGCGCGGCUUUACGCGCGCCGUAUCCUGCCUGCGCCUUCGCGUCGAGUAAGAUUCAAAGCGGCCAGGGAGGCGCCGCCGGGGCCGGGGAAGGGGAAGGGGACGGAGCGGGUGGAGGCACCUCGACGCGCUCGGGGAACAUGAGCGGGUCCGCGGAGAACCCCGACCCGAACCCGGGGGAGCGCGUGCCGGAUGCGUCAUCGGGCUCCGAUGAGGUAAUCAACGUGGAUCAGCACACGCCGGAGAUGGGGACGGUGACGAUCACGGUGGCCAUUCAGGCGGCGGAGGACGAGGAGCCGGAGGAAGUGUCCGCCAAUAUUAUUGACUUCCUCGGAGGCAGCUGCAGUGAGGACGAAUUCGGACGACAUGACAAAUCCAGCGGCGCCGGCACCAGCGGAGGCGAGUUGGAGGAGGACAGCUGGCAGCCGCCGGACACGGAGGUCACCCAGAAGCUGGUCGCUCAGAUCGAGUACUACUUGUCCGACGAGAACCUGGAGCACGACGCCUUCCUGCUAAAGCACGUCCGACGCAACAAGCUGGGCUUCGUCAGCGUCAAGUUGCUCACGUCGUUCAAAAAGGUAAAACACUUGACUCGAGACUGGAGGACAACCGCUUACGCUCUGAGACACUCCGGUGUGCUCGAGCUGAACGACGAGGGGCGAAAGGUGCGCCGCAAAACCGCAGUGCCGGUGUUUGCCAGCGAGUCGUUGCCCAGCCGCAUGCUGCUGCUAAGUGAUCUGCAGAGAUGGCCGGAGCUGGCAGCUCUCACUGUAGAUAAUGGAGGAGGCAGCGAGGGAGGAGCUACUCUGCAGGAGCAGCUGAUGAAGCUGCUGUUGAAGGAGUUCGGGGCGUACGGCACCAUCGCCUCCGUCAGGGUGCUGAAACCCGGGAAGGACCUGCCGGCCGACCUGAAGAGGCUGAGCAGCCGCUACACUCAGCUGGGCGCCGAGGAGUGCGCCAUCGUGGAGUUCGAGGAGGUGGAGGCGGCCGUCAAGGCCAACGAAGCCACGGGCAGCGACGACGGCGGCGCCGGUUCGCUGGGGUUGAAGUUGGUCCUGAUCGGCACCAAGCCGCCCAAGAAGAAGGUGCCCAAGGAGCGGCCCCGGGAGGAAGGGGGCAUGCGGAAGAGCCGCUCGCUUAACAGCAGGGUGCGAGAGCUCCAGUACCACGGCGACGACUCGGCCUGCAGCUCCUCUGAGACGGAGAGCAACCCCACGUCCCCGCGGCUGGCCAGGAAGUCCCAGUCCUGCAACAAGCUCAGCCCGACCACCGCGGCCCUCAACGUCCAGAACAAUCACCUCAGCCCCAGCAUGUCGCCGCGCAACAGUCCCUGGUCGAGCCCCCGCGCCAGCCCCAGUUCUCAGCGCAAGUCCCCCCAUUCCCACAAGUCUCCGUUGGCCAGCGAGGGCAGAUUGAGCCCGGAGGGCGGGCGCCGCUGGGCAGACUACUCCUCGGACAGUAGCCUCACCCCCUCGGGGAGCCCGUGGGUUCAGCGGCGCAAGCAGGUGGCGUCACAGGAGAGCAGCCCGGUGGGGAGCCCGAUGAUGGGUCGGAAGAUGCAGAACGCCGACGGCCUGCCGCCGGGGGUCACCAGGCUGCCCCGGGGUCCUGACGGAACCCGCGGCUUUCACUGUGUCUCUGUUGCCGAGCGAGGAAAGACUGCGGCUACUCAGACUUGAUAUGUGUACAUUCCUUAACCCCCCGCCCCGCCCCUCCAAAAGAAAUCUAUUUGAGCUGUUCUUGGCGAUGGCGCUCAGUCCCCACCCUGCAUUCAAGACUGUGUAGAUAUGUUUUUCUUCAGUGUUUUUCUUUCCUCGUUAUAUUUUUAUACAAUGUUUUGAGUUACUAUGGUAACAUUACUGGUUUACUAAUGGGAAUUUGAGUGAAUGUGAAUUGAUAUUGCUUUGAAUGGGACAGCAUCACCCCCAUUGCUGUCUAAACGUCCUCUGCAUGGGGUGGGGGUAUUCCACUUUUUUUUUGUUUUAAUUGAAGUGUCUUGUGUGUAAAAGCUCACAUCUGUGGAUGGUAUAUAAAUGUUAAGUGGUACCGGCACAUGGACUUGAUAGAGAUAUCACCAUAUGCCUUUUCUGUGUUUGUCUACUGUGAGUUUAUUUUUUACUUUUACAUACUAUUUAAAACCGAGGCCAUAAUUGCUCCACUGCCAUAAAGGUUGGCUAGUUAAAUCGGGACCUAUUUAGUUUUUAAUUUGAUUUCAAUUUUAUUUUCUGUACGCUUUGGCACUAAGUUGGGAAGGCUCCAUUCCCCUGUACAUGUUAAGUUGUCUGGCAGUUAGCUGCUGUAUUUAUUUUUUAGCUUUAUUUUCUCUGAAUCUGGUUAUCAGUCUGAGCUCACACUGAGGUUUGAGGGAUGUUCGGUCAGGCAGAAGAAAGAAAUGCGUUCCUGCCUUUCCAUCUGAGCUGGGGUAUUUGUACAAUGCAAUUCCUAUUGUACAAAUAAAUCACUAAAACUGCAAUUGA